CUGGUGUUUGUUCGGAGGGGGAAAGGUUAGAGUGUGACACAGUUGAAGCGAACCGCGCGUUCGGCGAAGCCAGUGAUUGGGAGACGAGCGGAGAGAGAGGAGAGAGAGAGAGGGAGAGGGAGAGAAGCCGCCGGAGCCCCGCGCUGUCUCUGGCCUCGCCGCCCGGGUCAGGGUCAGGGUCAGGGUGGGUCAGGGUGGGUCAGGGUUGGGCUGACGAUGCCUCGCGGUGGCGGUGGACUGUUCAGCGGUUACCGGGCGCUCGCGCUGUACUGUAACCACGUGCCUCACGCGGUCCGUUUCCACCAGCGGCACCGCACCUUCUACCUGGUGACGGCGGUGGGCGCCAGUCUGCACACCUACAACGUAAAAAAACUUGGAAUAGUUGCAGUUAGUAAUGCACUUCCUGAAGACAUCACUUGUCUGGCAGCAGAUCGAAUGCUUGUGUUUGUAGCUCAUGGCAAUUUUGUCAAAGCAUUUGCUCGAAACAAAGAGGUUGUGCAUACAUACAAAGGACAUAAUGCAGAGGUUCACCUUCUACUGCCUUUUGGUGAUCAUGUAAUCUCAGUAGACCGAGAUAACAUUCUUAUAAUUUGGGAUGUACAGUCAGAAGAAGAGUAUCUUCAGCUGAACUUUGAUAAGAACGUGUUCAGAGUUUCCGCUGUUUUUCAUCCAAGUACCUAUAUCAAUAAAAUUCUUCUGGGGAGUUAUCAAGGGAGCCUCCAGCUGUGGAAUAUCAAGUCCAACAAACUUUUAUAUACGUUUCACGGUUGGGGCUCGGGAGUGACAGUGCUUCAGCAGGCUCCAGCGGUAGAUGUAAUUGCUGUUGGCUUGACCACUGGCCAAAUCAUUAUCCACAACCUCAAAUAUGAUGAAACACUGAUGAAGUUUCAACAAGAUUGGGGCCCAAUCACUGCAAUAUCAUUUCGAACAGAUGGCAACCCAGUGAUGGCUGCCGGGAGUCCUGUGGGCCACAUUGGACUAUGGGAUUUGGAAGAGAAGAAGUUGAUUGGUCAGAUGAGGGAUACCCAUACGACUGCAGUUUCUGGACUCACAUUUGUUCAUGGUGAACCACUUCUAAUCACCACUGGUGCUGAUAAUGCAAUCCGGGUCUGGAUAUUUGAUGCGCCAGGUGGUGGAGGUCGCCUUUUGCGAUUCAGAAUAGGGCACAGUGCUCCUCCAACCAAAAUAAAGUAUCAUGGUUCUGAUGGACAACAUAUUCUUAGUUCUGGACAUGAUGGAACACUGCAAUCAUUUUCCACUGUUCACGAGCGUUUUAACAAGAGUUUGGGACAUGGUUCCAUAAACAAAAAGAUAUCCAAAAAGAAAGGACUGCGGUAUACGGAAAUGAAUUUACCUCCUAUCACUACAUUUGCCUCAGAGACCGCACGUCAGAGUGAUUGGGAUGGAAUAAUUGCCUGCCAUCGAGGAUAUCUUACCAGUACAACAUGGAAUUACCAAAAAUCCUCAAUGGGAAUGCACAAAUUUGAGCCUAUGAAAUUUCAUAAAGAUCUCACCCUGAAUUUACAUGCUACAGCUGUGGAUAUAACAAGUUGUGGAAAUUUUGCCAUUGUUGGCCUUUCUUCAGGCCAUCUCGAUUUGUAUAACCUGCAAUCGGGUAUUCACAGAGGACAUUAUGGUGAAGAAAAAGCUCACGAAGCCCAAAUUCGAGGAGUUGCUGUUGAUGGACUGAAUCAACUUACAGUUAGUGCUGGUGGGGAUAAACAAAUUAAGUUUUGGAAAUUCAAGUCCAAGGAAUUGGUACAGAACAUUAAGCUAGAUGCAUCACCAGCAAGCAUAUUGCUGCACAGAGACAGUGGCAUGCUAGCUGUUGCUGCAGAUGAUUUCACCAUAACAGUCUUCGAUACCGAAACAAGAAAAAUUGUGAGAAGGUUUUCUGGACAUCAAGGCCAAAUAAAUGAUAUGGCCUUCAGUCCUGAUGGUCGUUGGUUAAUUACUGCUUCAAUGGACUGUAGCAUUAGGACCUGGGAUCUUCCUUCAGGGUGUUUGAUUGACUGUUUUUCGGUGGACUCAGCAGCUGUCAGUAUUACCAUGUCCCCAACUGGAGACUUUUUGGCUUCAGCUCACGUAGAUGACUUGGGAAUUUAUCUCUGGUCCAACAACACGCUUUAUAGACUUGUUUCCCUCCGACCACUUCCUGCUGAUUUUGAACCUUCUAUUGUAAUGCUUCCUGGAACUUGUCCACCACAAGAACUGGAAACUUCAGAAGAUGAGGAGGAAGCAAAUGAUCUGAUGAUAGAAUAUGAAUCACCAGAGCAGCUAGGAGAACAGUUGGUGACGCUCUCUUUGCUUCCAGAAUCACGCUGGAAAAAUCUUUUCAAUCUUGAUGUUAUCAAGAAAAGGAACAAACCAAAGGAGCCACCUAAGGUGCCCAAAUCUGCUCCCUUCUUCAUUCCAACUGUUCCUGGCCUGGUGCCUCGCUUUGCUUCUAUGGAUGAGUCAACUGCUCAGGACCAGUCUAAAGUAGUAAAUUUGGGCAUGUUGGCGCAAAAGUCAGAAUUCUACGUGCAGCUGGAGAAUGCCCUAAAUACCAAAAAUUAUGACCAUCCAGUUAAACUUCUUAAAGAAAUGGGACCAUCAGGUAUUGACAUUGAGCUGAGAGGUUUGGCCCCAGAAGGAGGUGGUUCUUUAGAUGUGAUGCAGAGCUUCCUACGUGUGAUCAGCUGCAUGCUUGGUACCAAGCGUGACUUUGAAUUGGCCCAGGCAUAUCUGGCAUUGUUCCUAAAGCUUCACCUUAAGGUAAUUGCCACUGCGCCAGUGCUACUAGAAGAAAUGUCUAAAGUCUCAAAAUCACUGGAAGAAACAUGGAUGCAUAUGCAGACUCUUUUCAAUCAAAGCAUGUGUUUGCUGGGAUAUAUGAAGAGUGCUGUAUUAUAGUCCAAAAUAUAUUACUAUUUAAAAUGGUGACUGAAAGCAUGUAAUGAAACGUCCAUAAAGGCGCACUGCACAAAUGAUAUUCAUGGUCACUGUUGCUGUUAGUAUUCCUACUUAGAGAUUCAGUGCACAGUACAAAUAAUCUUUCUGACAAUUUUUCCCACCCACACAUGAUAAUCAUGCCACUUUUCACAGUCUGCUUUAUAGACUGAGUGGGUGCACUGUCAAUAACAGGAAUGGUAUGGAUAAAAAUGGUAUUUUAAAGUUUUAAUUUCUGGGCCUACAAAGCUGUACCUGUUCAGUUUCUUAUACGUAGUGCUAUAACUGGACACCCAGGUUUAAUUGACUACAUAUAUAAGAGAAAGCACCCAAACAGUGUUGUUAUGGAUAGUAAAGUUUCAUUCAUGCUGGGCCUCUAUUUUGUAUGUCAGUUUACAUCGUUUUGCAAAUAGAAGUGAUUUAUUGUCUAGUUGCAUGUGACUAAUAAACUCUUCAGAACAAUACAA